UCCCUGCCUAUUUCUAUCAGGGCAUUCUCUCCUAGCAGACGCUGCUCUGCACAGACAUCAUCUGGCCUGCCCUCUCCAUAUUAACUCCUUCCAGCCUGCACACAUCACUCUCUAUGCGACCACAGAAGGCAGCAGGCUGCAUCACACAGCCUUCAACCUGCGGAUAGCUUACUUAUACACAGACACCUUGAUGAAGGUCCGUUCCUGAUCGACAUCUCGGAAUUAUCAAUUUGGAUUAUUUUGUCUUUAGUUUCUACUAAUAAGAUUCCCUUUGAGGUUGUUUAAGCAGCAAAUACUAACUGUUGACUGUUUUAUACGUGCUGUGGAUUCUCUUACUAAUGUGUUUGGGCCUCUGGUUCCGCUUCCACAAAGCACAGUAAUAUAGUACAGAGUGUAUUCUCAACUAUUGAGUUAUACUGCUGGCCAGUGACCAGUGCCAAGCAGGGACUCUACAUCCCUAUACCUACUGAACAACACCAAAAUCUCUCCUGGAAAAUGCUGCAAUGAAGGUUGCGGUCAGUGUUACCAUGCACAGGAGCUGCUAUUUCCCUGUUAUCUGCCUCUUACUCUUCACAGCUGCCGAGUGCUUCUCUGGAGACAAUGAUCAUGUGUUGGCAGUACGGGAGAAGAGGAUCGGGAAACCCAGAUUUAUUUACAGUCAUGUGCAAAGCAUUGAAAAGAGCUUAGAUCUAGAAAGACAUACAAUGCUUGAACGUAAUUUUCAUUCUCCAACCCACAUGAAAAUAAGCAAAUAUAUUCAUCCUAUGUUCGUAAAACCAGCUUUUCCUCGAUCAACUCACGACCAACCACUGAAUCUGUUGGCCUCAGAGGAUACAGAUGUUGAAGUCGAAAAUCUAGUUGUUCCACAGUCAAGUGUCAUUUUAGUGAUGUUAAAAAUGGAUGUUAACAAGCUAAAUACAACAUUGCUCCGGAAAUUUCGUCAAGGAGUUGCUGCAGCUCUAGGCCUCAUGCCACAGCAAGUUCACAUCAAUCGUCUAAAUGGAAAGAGGAACUGUGUUGAACUGUUCAUUUCUCCACUAAACAAAAAGAUAGGUGUUCCAAACACUUUGCCCUCCGCAGAGGUUCUACGUUCACUGAAUCUGCAUACCCUGCACCAAAGAUUGUCCCAUUUUGGAAUAACUGAAGUUUCUCCAGAGAAAAAUGUUCUGCAGGGACAACACGAGGCUGAUAAGAUAUGGACCAAAGAAGGAUUUUACACUAUUGUUAUCUUCCUCAGCACGUUUGUGAUCAUCGUCACAUGCCUAAUGGUACUCUACAGAUUAAAAGAAAAGAUCCAGUUUUCAUUGAGUCAGGACAAAAAAAACCAAGAGAUACACCUGUCGCCGCUCUCGGUUCAGCCUACACAGUCUGAGGCAAAGAGCUCGAACAGUAUGGUUCAUCCUGAACAUAUCCCCAAAGCUGUGAAUGUUGUUGUGGACCCACAGUGCCAAGGCACCUUUGAGCUUAAACUUCCAGUGUCUGCAGGACCUUCCCCAUUUAAGAUGAAACCUGUGGGCCUUCAAGAAAGGAGAGGUUCAAAUGUCUCCCUUACGUUGGAUAUGAGUGGUUUAGGAAUGGUGGAGCCUUUCACCGUGGCUCCAACACCAAGAGAGAAAGUAGCCAUUGAAUACCUCCAAACAGCCAGCCGCGUUCUGAGCAGACAGAAGCUCCAUGAUGUAGUGCAAAGCUCCCACUUGCUUCAUACAGAAUUCAUGGAAAUACCAAUGAAUUUCAUGGAUCCCAAAGAAAUUGACAUUCCAAGUCAUGGAACCAAAAACCGUUACAAAACUAUUUUACCAAAUCCAGUAAGCAGAGUGUAUCUGAAACCAAAGAACCCAAGAGAUGCAUUAAGCACCUAUAUAAAUGCUAAUUUUAUCAGGGGCUAUGGUGGCGAAGAGAAGAAGUUUAUUGCUACACAAGGACCAAUGAUUCAUACAGUCAAUGACUUUUGGCAGAUGGUUUGGCAAGAAGAUGUCCCUGUUAUUGUUAUGAUAACCAAACUCAAGGAAAAAAAUGAGAAAUGCGUCCUCUACUGGCCUGAAAAGAGAGGAAUAUAUGGGAAUGUCGAGGUGCUUGUUAAUAGUGUCAGUGAACAAGAGUUCUAUACGAUUCGGAGUCUCACCUUAAAGCAAGGAAGCCAGUCCCGCAUUGUGAAGCAUUACUGGUACACUUCUUGGCCUGACCACAAGACUCCGGACAGUGCUCAGCCUCUCCUUCAACUGAUGCUGGAUGUGGAGGAAGACAGUAAAUCAUUUACGGGAAGGGGCCCAGUGGUAGUACAUUGCAGUGCUGGAAUUGGAAGAACCGGCUGCUUCAUUGCUACAUCCAUUGGCUGUUGUCAGCUGAGGGAAGAAGGAGUUGUGGAUGUAUUAAGCAUUGUCUGCAAGCUAAGAAUGGACAGGGGAGGAAUGGUUCAGACAAGUGAACAGUAUCAGUUUGUACACCAUGCUCUGAGCCUUUAUGAAAGUCGACACUCUACAGAAACAGUUCAGUGAAAGUCUGAGGGUUGAAGUAAUAGAGAUCUUUUAGGUAAUUAUCUGAAUUACCAACCAGCAGUUUCUUGAAGGAGAAAAGUAAGCUUCAUGGGCAAGAUUGUAGCGUGAACUCGUAAGGAAAUGUUCGGGACGUCUGACACAGUUAGAAGGACAAUAGUGUGUCAUUGAAUGUACCUGCACUGCAAGUUUCUGCAGAACGCAAUGGACGGUGUAGAAGACAUACAUGGGAUUUUUGUAUGUAACUGGAAGGUGGAUAUACCUUUGAAAUAGGAUAAUCUACCGCACAGAAUGUAUGUACUCCUGCUCCAGACACAGUGGCUGGGUAUCUAAUGAUUAUUCAGUGUAUAAGAAAUAAACGUUUGCAAACUUUGUGUCUUGUAAAUGGACUGUCAGUUGUCAAUCUGUUAAGUGCUAUUACUUAUUAUGUGGUGAAUUUGUUUCCUGCCCACAUAAGACUAUUGCUGCUAGUGUUCUAAGUACUAUGACUAGUUUAUUUUUAAUGACAUAAUAAUAUUUCUUUGUUUAUAUCUAAACAGUUGAGAAACAGUGAACAUUUUAUAUGGAGAUGUGGUCCUGUCCUAUUAGCAGUUGUGAAUUUCCAGCAGAAUAUAUAUCAGAGCACAAUGUACUUUAACCAGUGGAUAUGUAUUUGCUGUAUACUGUGGGUUGUACUACUGCGCCUCUUCUCCAGAUCUGAAUACAGUGUAUUUGUAAAUCCUGUGAGUAAUGUUACCUGACAACUUUCUAGCAUAUAUUGAAACUGCAAGAAAUAAAACUAUCUGCAGACCAGUCACUUGGUGCCGCAGUGAUUUUGUAAUGCUUUAAUGCAAAGGUUCCCAAGCUCUUUUUAUCUUGAGUCACAUUCACCUUUGAGUGACGGUCGGGAGCCACAUUCUACUAAAAUAAUGGACGAGAGAAGUUCUAAAUGUGGAGGAAACACGACAUGAUGAAAUUGCAAACGUUUGUGGAUUAAAAUUCCAGUGUGGGAUGUAAAACUAGUAUUAGGCUAUGUUCACACUGCAUUUGAUGUAUGUGCCAGGGAUGGUCCCAGUUUAUAUGGGAGAUGUAACCAUAGGGCUACAUUAUACUGUGUGGGAUGUUAUGCAUCAGCACACCUUUUCUUGUUUACUUUGUUGGAAGGUGCAUUAGUCUAAUCAAGUGAUUUACAGUUUGUUUGUUUUGUUUUGUGCUGCCUGAUUAAAGCUUUAAUGUACAAUAAAACACAGUGUGCACAUAGCCUUAUACUAUACAAAGUAAUAGGAUAUGUUUGCAAUAAUGUCAGGUACCGGCACAUUGACUCAUGACUCUCCUGUAGUGAGCUAGACAGCAGGGGUCAUGUGUACUGUGUGGCUCCCGAGCUACUGGUUGGGAACCACUGCUUUAAUGUAUAAUACACAGAUCCAUCUAUUAUUAGUAAUCUUCACCUUGUGGCUCUUUGUCUACAAAUGUUGUGCUCAUCAUGCAC